UGAAUAACAUGAAAGCAUUUUCAAUGUGACAGGUAAGUGUUUAAUCCCAGCAGCCACUGGUAAUAAGUUCACAUAUUUUUAUCCAACACAUAACACAAUGUGAUUCUUCGUCCUAAAAGAAAAUAGAGUCUGCUUUUACAAAGACAGUUUUGGAGAUAAUAUGUGAUAUUACUUAUUGAAAUUGUUUUUAGUUUUUACUGUGAAGAGAGAGAAACAAGCAGAGACUGCCAGACCUCCUUGUUCUAAACUAUUUCAACUGACUUAUCCGGCUCCUGGGGAGCAGCAUCAUUACUCUAAACCCCUAUCAAAUCUCUAAGCCUUCCCAAAGGUUGAGCCAAGCCACUUUUCACAAAAUGAUUGCAUUUGCAGAAUUUUUUUUAUAUUUAUUUUGGCUUUUGGUCACUCCCAAGAGCUUAUCACAGUAGUUCAGAUCAGGUCUUACUUCAUAGUGAUAAACCCAGUUACAUGGAUCCAGAUGUUUUUUUGUUUACAUGUCGCUGAUAAUCACUGAUCGGUGCAAGUCAAAGUUAGUCCAAUCAGAACUAACAUUAUGGAUGUUUUUUUAACAUAUAUUAUUUACAUUCUCCCUAUUUUCAAAUUUCAUCUAAGCAUAAGCCAAAAAUGAGAACAGAUUAUUUGCUUUUGCACUGAGAUCUUUUGCCAGGAAUCUUUUUAAAGAAAACAAUACAGCAAUUGUGGUAGGAAUUGCGGUGCCGUCUUCCUACACCUCCUGGAGCUCCUCACUCUUGAGUCACGAAUUCUCAUCUGCAUUAGAAAGAGUAACUUCUCUUGCAACGCUAGCGUGGAAAGAAUCUUUUACUUGACAUAUUAUAACAACUAGUUUGACUACUUUGCAAGGUAAGAGUUAUGCAACGUACGUAUGCUGCUGUGGAGGUUGAGAAUAUUCAUAAUAGACACCAAUAAUGCAAUUUCAACAUGUUUUAAUGAAACUGAAAAGGAAGGUAAUAGUAGAGAGUUGUACAUAAUCACUUAUGUGAAUGUACUGAAGCAUUUGCAACUUGUUCAAAGCAAUAAGAAACAACUUUUCUAAAGUGUCUAAGUGAUAAAAUGAUUUAAAGAUCCAACAGGUAGUUUUGAGAAUUUCAAUACUGAUCUGAAGGCUAUGCCAAAGCGACUGAGAAAGUCUGUAUUAUAAACAACUUGUCCAUAAAGUUGUUUACAUUAACUUUUUUUCACUUUUAGUGGUAAGCUCUUCAGGCUACAGGCUCUUACAUGGGAACAGCAAGAGCAAAAUUGGAUCCGAAGACCACUCAAGUGUCGACUGAGAGUGACAGAGAGGUAGAGGUUGGGAUCGAGCUCGGUGCCGUCGAUGAGCCCUCUGCCUUCUAGACUCAUUUGUGAAAAGAUCUCAGAGUGCUUAAUGCCAUUAAUGUCUAUUGGCAUUAACACCCACCACUAAGGAGCCUGUUCCUCUCACAACUCUUCCGUCUCUUCCGGCUGCUGAGAAGGUUCGUUGUCUCGCAUUUUGAUCCCAGUUCCAAUGGAGAACCUCAGUGAACUACAGAACCCGUUGCUGGACAAAAACAGUAAGCACAUGGUCAAUGGUUACGGAGGAGAAUUCCCCAAUAACCAAUACCAAGAAAACAUUAUUAACUACUUUGCUGGAGGAGGAGGAGGAGGUCCAGGUGGAGGUGAGGGCGGUGAAGGAGGAGGAAAGGUAAAUAAUGGGAAUGUAGUCAGUGGAGGAAGUUACAGCACCAAUGGGAAGGUGAAGUCGCAGCAGUUUCUGGACGCCACCUCUCUGCAUCUGGCGGUGGAGGCUUUCUACAGGCCUAACUUCAUCCUGUACAAGGAGGACAGCGGAAGCAUCAAGGCUAAGGAAUACAAAAGUGAGUGCUGUGAGACCACCUUUACUGAGAAGAAGGCAAAGGAGGUGUCCAACACAGCGGGAGGGGACACGCCCGGCGCAGAGGACCCUCAGUCCAAACUGCUUGAAGAUGGUGAACAUGUCAAGAUUCAAACCGUUUCUUACGAGGUGGAGGAGGAGGAAUAUGUGGAGUAUGAGACGGACUGCUCCAGUGACAGUGAGAGCGAAGAUAACUUCAUAGUUGUCCCACCACGAGACCACCUUGGCCUGGCUAUUUUCUCCAUGCUCUGCUGUUUCUGGCCUUUGGGGAUAGCAGCCUUUUACUUCUCACAGGGGACCACCAAGGCGGUGAACAAAGGAGACUUCCCACUGGCCAACAUCGCCUCCCGGAGGGCUUUGUUCCUCGCUGCCCUAGCCAUCACUAUAGGCACCGGUGUUUAUGUAGGAGUGGUGGUAGCUCUCAUUGCCUACCUCUCUAAACCAGGACACAUAUAGCAGAAGCACCCUGUUUUCCAUCACCUCCUGGGAGCCUGGGAAAAGAACAAACCCCCUCUGGGGAGACAGAAUUGCACCUGCAGACUUUGAGGAAACUUUUAUGUGGAUGUACAGUUUUUUUUUUCUGUCUUUUUUUUUCCAUCCACCUUUCUCUCUUUUCUGCCUUCUCCUGCAAAAGACCCUCUGGUGUACAGGACAAGCCACAGUGACUAGAGACAGGUCAAGCUUCAGGGGAAUGAUGGGGGCACAGGGGAAAAAAGGGAACUUUGACUUAUUUGGCUGUUUUUAACUCCACGGAUGUGAUGACAAAAUUUCCCGUGAGCUUUGUUUGCAUUCAGUUGACUUGAUCCUUGUUUGCUUUGACUGGAUUUUAUCUUCCCAGUUACCUAAACUGAGCUCCAAAGGAGAAAAUAGAGAAUAUCGUUCAGAAAUCAAGUAACUGACUAUCAUCAUUAAAGACGGUUAAGAAAUAAUGUGCUCAUUUAAACCAACUCUGUAUUUAUUACAGCUAAUGUUAUAUCUCAAGCUUCUUUGGGCAGACUUGUCUUGCAGGUAUGCCAGCUAUGAAUGCACCCUUGUCUUUGACUCAUCAACUUAAACUAUUGGUAUUUGUACUGAACUGACUUCCUCACAAACUAGGAAUAAGAUUAAGCAUAAAUGCAUAAUGUUGAGAUAAUGUUGAGAAAGAUCCUUUAAUUUUUUUCUCCUUUUGUCAUGUCCCAACACAAACUUCAUUGUAAUUUGGUGUUGUUUUAUGUGUAGACCAACACAAAGAAGUGUAUUUUGUAUCAACUGAACUGUUUUAUGCAAUAACCUUUUGAAUUUAGGACUGACUGCAUGGUUGGGGUAAUUGUACUGCUGAAGGUGGACAUCUACCCCAGUCUCAAGAGUUUUGGUGUAUUUAGCUUUUCCCCAGAGUACAAUGCUACCACCACUACUCAAGGUGGGGAUGGCAUGUCCAGAGUGUUUUGCAAUGCUAGUUUUCUGCCAACAUGAUUAAAUAUGCUCUCCUCUGGCCAGAGGACCUUCUAAUACAUGUCUGCUGUUAUCCCACGUAGAUUUUGGCAAACUGCUAAUGGGAAAAUACAUUACAUUUUAGCAAUGGUUUUCUUCUUGUCUCUUUUACAAAAUGAAUGGAUUUCUAAAGUGGGGUGCACAAUUAAUAUUUGUCUUCUUGACAGAAACCAACACCUGGCCUAUGGACCUCUGUAGCUUCUGCAUAGGGCUCUUGGAGGACAGCAAUGGCUAUUUAGUUGUGCUAUACUCUACAUUUUUGGAUGAGUUUAAAAAAAUAUAUCGUGUCCAAUGUUGAAAACUUGGGACUUUGUCUGAAAAGCUACCCCUACUUUUGUCUCUAGAUCCUGCUAAUUUUCUAGAGUUCUAGAUCAGUUGUAGGCAAAAGGUUGUACUACUUUUUAUUUAUGUAUAUCACAGGAAACGGUACUGACCGCAAAGAUACUAGACCACUUACAGAAUUUUAUUUAUAAGAAAAAAGCAUGCAUCAUUUCCUUUUUACUUUAUUCUUAUGUGCUAAUUUACGUUGGUCAUACAAAAUCCCAAUGAAAUACAAUGAUGUUUGUGUUUUGUGAAAUGACAAAAUGUAAAAAAGCUAGAUGGUUACUCCUUCAAGAGGCUUUGCAGUAGAAGAUGUUGAUAGAGGCUUUCUUCUCUUUAAAGUGUUAAAUUGAUAUAUGUCACAAAAAUACAUAUCGGUGCCUCAGUCCUGUAUGUUUCCACAGAGAAAGUGUCCAAACACCACAUACACACCUGAUGGAAGACCAAAUCUUGGUGUCUCCUGUGGUUAUGAAGGAGUCCUUACUAAUCUCACUUUAAAGAACGUAAGUAGCACAGAUUUGAGUUAUUUAGAUGGUCUGAGAUUUACUCCCAAUAGUCUCUAGGGACCAAAAUAAAAUAUUUAAAAUUACCCAUGCACAGCUGACAGGAAGGUUAUAAAUCAUGUAGAUAAUCUCAUUUAAAAGAAUGCCUUACAUAUUUUUCAUGAAUAAAUGGAAAAAUGCCAUCUGACAGCGUUGAAUUUUGCUCUAAUCUGUUAUUCCGUGCAUGAGUCCUGCUAUACCGGCAGUAUACUGCAAUGCAUGAUUGGUUGGACAGUAUAACUUGUUUUUCUAUGUGAAAUAAAAGUUUUAACGGCUGUAGAACAGACCACACUUGCACAACUCUUGAAUCUAAAUUCCACUCUUCAGCUAGUAACAAAAGAAAAUCUGAAAACAUAGUUUUAGGCCAUUAAUGAGUGAGAUCUGAUUGAGGCUUCAUCAUUUUUCUGUCAGUCCUUCAAUAACUCUCAUGGAUACUCAAAAAAAAAAAAAAAAAAAUCUGGAAACGCAAAGAAAUCUUAGCUGACUUGAAUUGUUAUUCUCUGGCAUUUCAACUGACUCUUGUGCAUUGAAGCUUAGAAACCAGGCAUACUGUUUGAGCGGUGAAGUCUCAGGAAGCUAGAUGUUACAUUUUCUGCACAGGUACUGCAUUGUUUGCAGUACCUGUGCUGCUAACAAGGUACUGCAAUUAGGCUAUAAAACAAGCUUUGUGGUGUAGUCCCCAGAGAACAACCCUGAAAUAACACAGCCACAUUAAUUUCACUAAUAAGCUACUUUUGGUUUUGCUUGUUGCUACAAAAACCUUUUUUAAAGGUAAAGAGUCGUUUUCUUUAAAUGAAAGCCAGUUUUGAGUUGCCUUUUUAUGAAAGCCAGAUACAGAUUUACAGCGUAACGCAGACUGAUUGUAACAUUUUAUUUGUCAAAGCUUGUCUGAGUUUUGCUGAUCUGAAUAGGCUGUCUUCAUCGGCUCCAAUUGGACCACAGGUCACCACAGAAACUCUGGAUCUACAGGUUUCAGUGAACACAUGUGUCAUCCUCAUCAGUGAAGUUAUUGCUAAAGACAUUUCCCUUCUUUCUGCAGAUACCCAUUUACAUGCAUUCACUCAUCGAGAGUGUCUUUCAAACCUGCUUUGUUUUCUUACCUGGGACUGUAUAGUAUGUCAAGACGGUAUGUGAACUUUUAUGCUGCUGCUUUUAUUUAUUUCCUUUCUGGCGAAGACCUGAGUCCACGCAUCAAAACAAUCGUUCUCAAUGCAGUUCUUAAUGCCGGGGUGAUAGUCGUAUGUUUGUGUUGAGCUUAUAUGUCACAUUUAUGUUUUUGAGUUCUUCCUUUCUAUUUUUGUGUGACUGCAUCGUGUAAAUAGUGUCAACAAGAUGCAAAAGCAUUCUCAAAUGUAUUGGAAAAUAAACCUGAACAGAAGGGUGUCUUCGUAAAAGCA